CAUCGAGCUUGUCUCAUUUCAGAUGAAAUACUCUUUUCACAAGAAAAGUUAAUUUAGUUGGUUCCACAUCAGAACGAAAAACUUCGAAAGAAACAAUACCUAAAUUACCACCAUGAAAUCAUCAUUUACUAUUCUACUCGUCUCUUUGAUAUUCCAAGCACUUACGAAUACAUGCGCAUCAUUGGAACAAUCAUUGUCGUCAUUGUCUCGAUCAAUGUCUAAGGGUAAGAGACUCAAAGGUGUUCCUCGCCAAGAGCACAGAAAAAUCCUUCACAAUGUAAAAUGUAUUCUAUUUCGAAAAGAAACCCGAUACUUGUCGACCAAGUCUACAGAUCCUCAAGCAACAAUGGUUGCCUCCGAAGAAACCUGGACAUGCGAACUAGAGAAUGCCAGUGGUCACGACUUUGUCCCUGCCACUGUGGAGCUCAAAGGCAUUAACAACCAAUUUCUUGAAAGUCAAGGCGCCAAGUCUGGCUUUAGCGCCUUGGUUGCUACCGAAGGCAUUGUCGAAGGAGGCGACGGGACAAUGGCGAUGACCAUUCCACCAGCGGCACUCGUGAAGGUCCUCGAACAACCUACCACUCUUGGCAACAAGCUACGACGACAGAGUGGGCGAAAGCGGCGUAAUCUGGCUGCUACCUCUGGUACUCUGAAAACACUUGUGGUUCGAGUGAUCGCGAAGAACGGGAUUGGACCUAUUGCGAACACCGUUCAACUGCGAUCCGACGUGUUUGAAGAUAAAGUCUGCCUCAAGUCGCAAUACGAAGCUUGUUCCCACGGCCGACUUAAAAUCGAACCAUUCACGGGCUACACUGAAACGAAUCGGUACAUCAAAGAUGGUGUUGUCAGCGUAGGAGUCGACGUGGCACCUAUCGAAGGAAAUAAAGACAACUUCGAGGUUGCGGCAAAAAAUAGGGCUACAGAAAUUUAUGGCGAUCUCGGAUCACAAUUUGAUCUUGUCAUGUUCUGCAUUCCGCCCGGAACGGGUCCAUGGCUUGCCUACGCCUACAUCAAUCGUUUCGAUUCUUUUUUUAAUGACGAAUGGUGUUCCAGUGUUAGCACACAGGUGCACGAAGUCGGACACAAUCUUGGCCUCGCCCAUUCAGGAAAAGAUACCGAUGUUUACGGCGACCAAUCUGGUAUGAUGGGGUUUAGCUAUAAGGACGAUGACUUCCCGCUCAUGUGUUUCAAUCCAGCCAAGAGCUACCAGCUCGGAUGGUACAGAGAACAGCAAGAUUUUGUGAAUCCCCUGACGGACAUUUUGCCCAUGAAGUACUCUCGAGAAUAUAUAUUGAACGGUGUAGACGACUUUGAUAGAGGCGAAUCUGGCGUGAAGGAGGAUCUGAUUAUUCUCCGACUGAAGCAGCAGAACUCUCGGGAAGAUUACUACAUUGGCUUCAACCGUAAAAAAGGCAGAAAUGCGGAAACAGUGAAGGACGCAAACUGCGUGACAAUUGUAAAAAAGACGAGUGGUCCUAAUGAAUAUGGCCAAUCUUGGCAAGUAUCUACGCUUUGUGAAAUUCAAGAUUCAUACACAAUCAAUAACUACGACGAAUCUUCAUUCGAUGUCACCGUGAAACUAAUAUCCAUCAUCGGUAAAGAUGCCAAAGUAGAUAUCAUCGCUUCAAAUUCGGCUCUAUGCGACACUGUUAGAGAUUCAACGAGUCUCCGUUACAAAAAUAAAAAGAGACGAAACUGCAAUUGGGUAUCAAAGAGAAAGUCGCGUAGAUGUUCUAAAACUUGGACGAACAGGCCGCUGUCUGAGUGGUGUCCGCUAACAUGUGGUUCUUGUUCGGGACAAUUGAAUAUUUAUAGUUCAGGCUUUGGAAUGAACGAUUCUCUUCCCAGUACUUUGUGCGUGGAUGCUCAAAAUGUAUCGUUUCAAAAUAACUUUGCAAAGAAUUGCGGUUGGGUCGGAAAAGAAGAAGAGAAGAAGGAUGAACGCUGCGCGAAGGAAUGGCUUGGAAUAGCACUUUCUGAGUUUUGCCCGAAAACCUGUGGUUCUUGUUGAGCUUUCUAAAAUAUUCAUUACGAUCAGAAAUAGUACAAAGUAUUUUAGCAUUUGACAAGUCCUUAAAUAUAUUAAUUAAAAACAU